GUCAGCGGCCGAAGGAUCCACGUACAGGUCCUGAAGAACCCCCACGGACACCGGUUUGAGGUAGUCACGUUCAGAAAAGCGGACGUCACCAAGCACUGGCCGGCAGACCGAGACUUCUCCUGGUUCCCGGGGUUCUCUUGGACCGUGGCUACCUGUCCCAGGUGUCAAACUCAUUUAGGUUGGGCCUUCCAGCCAAGCGACUGGCCGCACACGAUCUCUAAAACCACAUUCGAGGAAUCCAAAAACACCUUCGUGGCUUUAAUUACUCAUCGAAUACUGAGAGAGGACUUCGCAUCAAGCCUACUAAUAACUCCGAAAUCCUUCAAGAGCUGACGGGACUCAGGAUUUCCAGGUGCCCAGAAAUAUUUCCAAAUAAAUCUGGAUGCACUCCAUUUGAGGACUCACUUCUAUAGUUUUAUUGUAACAAAAAAACACCAGAAAUGCAGUUUUAUUUAAACCUAUAAAACACCGAGGGCCAAAAAUGUACAAGUUUAUUUUUUUAAUUCUUUAUUAAAAAUGUCAUUUCAAAUCUUGUGGAUAUUUGUAAAACAAUACAAUGAAGAAAAAAAAAGUCCCAUAGAAACGGUGUCAAAAUUACCACGCUCCUCAAUAACCAACCAACUCCUGACCCUCCCCAGCUUCCACCCCCCCAACCCCAAACAAUACAUGUCAAAGGAAUGAGCUGGUACUCCUUGACCACGUAGGGGAAAAUAAAAAAAUGUGAGCACUACGUCCCACAAAUAAUAAUUGAAAGGUCUCCUAGCGCUAGGUCACUACACCAUGGCUUAAGUUGAUUUUACACACAACCUUGAAAAGGAGAAAUUCUGUGUGAAUAGUCUUCAAAUUCUACUCAGGAUGCUGUGCUGAUUCAAUUUUUUUUAAAGAUUUUUUUUUAUUAUUUUAAAGAGGUCUUCGGGGAUGGUACUCACAAUUCAGGGCAAAGUGCAGUUGGCCUUGGAUGAGUCAAAGGAGAAACAUAAACAUGGCAUCAGCAGGUGAAGAGGCUUCAGAAUGGAACGUGAAGCACAAACGGAUAAAAGUAAAAAAAAAAAAAAAAAA